AUGCCGUCCCCGAAACCCCUGGCGACCGCCGCUGGCAUGCUCCAAAACCGCCUGAGCACCACCCUCCGUACACGAGGCGGUGGCGGCGAUGGCCCGAGCCGGUGGGCCACAGCCGGCCACCAAGAACGCCCCAACGGUUAUUUUUUGAACCGGACACCUCCACCGCCGGGUCAGUCGAGGAAGUGGGAGGACUGGGAACUUCCAUGCUACAUUACCAGCUUCCUCACUAUCGUCAUCCUCGGCGUUGGGCUCAACGCCAAGCCCGAUCUCACCAUCGAGACGUGGGCACACCAGAAAGCCCUCGAACGCCUCGAAUCGGCCCAACAGAUGGCGACCCUUUCUGAUGAUUCCGAGUGA